UAUGCGAGUCAAAAUAAUUCUAUAAAGCAGUUAUGGAAAGUAGUAGCAGCAGCAUCGGUGUUGGGUUUUUGAUUUCCCGCCGAAAUUAAAAGGAAACCUUGGUUCAAUUUUUGUCUUCAUAUCCCACAAACCCAGUUUUCAACUCACACAAAAGCUACGAAAUGAGCGCCCCUAUGGAAACUGAGGAAAAUCCCCCAACUGAUCAAAACGGUGCCGUUUCCCAACACUCACCUCAUCCUCCUUCUCUUUCUCCGGAGGACAAAGUUCUUGUCCCUGUCGAGGUUUGCUUAAAACCUUCCAGCACAGCUUCCAUUAACGAUGUCCGUUCAGCCGUUGAAGGGAUGCUCGAAAAGAGGAGUUUGAGCUAUAAUGGUGGACCGAUCCCCGUGCCCCUUGAUAUACCCUUUCUUGCUGAUAAUGUGCAAAGAAUUUGCAUUUGUGAUACAGGUGAAGGGAUGCAGAAUGACGAGGUUCUUUUGUUCUGGCAGGUCAAGCCUGUUGUACAUGUAUUUCAGCUUAGCGAGGAAGGACCGUGUGAGGAUAUCAGCUCUGAUGGCCAGUCUUCUAGCUUCAAUGAAUGGAUUCUUCCUGCAAAAGAAUUUGAUGGCAUGUGGGAAAGCCUAAUAUAUGAAUCUGGUCUAAAGCAAAGGUUGUUGCGGUAUGCAGCGAGUGCUUUGCUCUUCACUGAAAAGGCUGUCGAUCCAUUCCUUGUUUCUUGGAACCGCAUAAUUCUUUUGCAUGGUCCCCCAGGGACUGGAAAGACGUCUUUAUGUAAAGCAUUAGCUCAGAAACUAUCAAUUCGAUUCAGCGCAAGAUACCCACAGUCUCAGCUUGUUGAAGUGAAUGCACAUUCUUUGUUCAGUAAAUGGUUCUCCGAAAGCGGCAAGCUGGUAGCAAAACUAUUCCAAAAGAUUCAAGAAAUGGUAGAAGAAGAAAGCAAUCUGGUAUUUGUUUUGAUCGAUGAAGUCGAAAGCCUAGCUGCUGCUAGAAAAGCUGCUUUGUCUGGUUCUGAACCUUCUGAUUCUAUUCGGGUUGUCAAUGCAUUAUUAACUCAGAUGGAUAAGUUAAAAUCAUCUCCAAAUGUGAUCAUUCUAACCACAUCAAACAUUACUGCUGCUAUUGAUAUUGCUUUUGUUGAUAGAGCUGAUAUCAAAGCAUAUGUUGGUCCUCCAACUCUUCAAGCUCGGUACGAAAUAUUAAGGUCUUGCUUGCAGGAACUCAUGCGUACAGGGAUAUUAACUAGUUCUGAGGAUUGUAAGAAUAUUGUGCUUCCAAAUUAUGCUAGUGCAAAACCGAGGUUGAACGCACCAGAUUUUCAUGAGGGUACUACAUCCAUGCAACUGUUCAAGCAAUUAGUUGAAACUGCAGAAGCAUGUGAGGGAAUGAGUGGAAGGUCUCUCAGAAAGCUUCCAUUUUUGGCACAUGCUGCACUUGCAAAUCCUUUUGAAUGCAACCCCAUCAAGUUCUUAUGUACAAUGAUAGAAACAGCAAAAAGGGAGCGCUCUGAGCUUCCUGACUAAUGUAACUAAAGCUUCCAAUUAAAAUUGUUCAAUCAAAAGUGUAACACUUACUUCCACUGCAUUUUAGUGUGAUAAAUGUUGAUGUAGCAAUGAUGUUUAUUUAUUAUACACAGUUACCGGGAGCUUGCAGUAGUAACUAGCUUGAUCUCAUUGAGAGAUUGAGCCGGGUCAUAAAUUGUAUUCACUUUGGUCUCUUAAAGGAGUUUUUAGGUUCAAGUAUGGAAUCAGUGUCCUGGAAACUUGAGACUUAUUUUCACAUAAUAAAUAAUCGGUAUUUAACAA